AUGUCCGUUGCAACAAUGUUACAACCGGCGUCGAGAGCAUCGACCUCCUCUUCCUCCUCUUUCCAACCCGUCACCCGUCAGAACACAAUGUCGUCCCACGAUACGCGGUCCCUUCGCCAGUCGAAGCGGCUCUCCGUCACCGCGCUAUACCUUUCCAUGUCUGCGAAAGACAGGGAUCUUGAGAUCUCCGAUGAUCUGGCCAAGGCUCAAAAGUAUCUGCGCGAGUUGAAGGCCAAGAUUUCGUCCCAAUCGAAGAAGAAUUUCGUUCUCGAGAAAGAUGUCCGGUAUCUGGAUUCGCGGAUAGCGUUGCUGAUUCAGAACCGGAUGGCACUUGAAGAACAAAAUGAAGUUGCCAGCCAUCUGGAUGAUGAAGAUCCCCAAGAAGGCUUCUUUCCUAACGACGAGAAAACCCAGAGAUACGGCAACCUGCUCUUCCUUCUGCAAUCGGAGCCGCGGCAUAUCGCCCACUUGUGUCGCUUGGUGUCAAUGUCCGAAAUCGACUCCCUUCUCCAAACGGUCAUGUUCACGAUUUACGGAAACCAGUACGAGAGUCGCGAAGAGCAUCUGCUCCUGACCAUGUUUCAAUCCGUCCUGACCUACCAGUUCGACAACACCCCGGAGUACUCGUCCCUCUUGCGGCAGAAUACCCCCGUGUCGCGGAUGAUGACCACUUACACACGUCGCGGUCCCGGCCAGAGUUAUCUGAAGGAGGUCCUUGCCAAACAGAUCAACGCCUUGAUCGAGCUGUGCGACGUGGACCUGGAGAUCAACCCGCUGAAAGUGUAUGAGACUAUGGUGAAGGAGAUCGAGGAGGAAAAAGGCUCGUUGCCCGAACAUCUACCCAGAUCCGUUACGGCCGAGGUGGCUGCGGAGAAUGGCCAGGUGCAAGCGAUCAUCGAACCGCGGCUGAAGAUGCUGACGGACAUCGCAAACCGAUUCCUGACCACCAUCAUCAACUCUGUGGACGAAGCUCCCUACGGCAUCAGAUGGAUCUGCAAGCAGAUCCGAAGCUUGUCGCGCCGCAAGUACCCCGAUGCGCAGGACCAGACCAUUUGCACGCUGAUCGGAGGCUUCUUCUUUCUGCGAUUCAUCAACCCUGCCAUCGUCACUCCCCGAUCCUAUAUGCUGAUCGAUGCGACCCCAACUGACAAGCCUCGCCGCACUCUCACCUUGAUCGCAAAGAUGUUGCAGAACCUGGCCAACAAGCCCUCGUAUGCCAAGGAGCCGUACAUGGCCAAGCUCCAGCCCUUUAUUCAGCAGAACAAGGAGCGCGUCAACAAGUUCCUGCUGGAUCUCUGUGAAGUCCAGGAUUUCUAUGAGAGCCUGGAGAUGGACAAUUACGUCGCGCUCUCCAAACGCGAUCUGGAGCUGCAGAUUACUCUCAACGAGAUGUACGCCACUCAUGCGCUGCUGGAGAAGCAUAGUUUGGCCCUCGCACAGGAUCAACACUCCCAUCUCAAUGAACUGCUCCUCGAGCUGGGCUCUGCCCCCGUGCAGGUCCCGCGCAAGGAAAACCGAACCAUCACCGUUCCGCUCUUCAGUCGAUGGGAGACUGCCUUGGAUGACCUGACCGCCGCCCUCGACAUCACCCAGGAGGAGGUGUUUUUCAUGGAAGCCAAGUCGACCUUUGUGCAGAUCCUGCGUUCUCUGCCACCGAACUCGGUGAUUGCCCGACGGCCGCUCCGGCUGGAUCGAAUCGCAGAGGCGGCCGCUACCCUGAAGAAUGAUGCGGUGAUGGUGCGCAAGGGCAUCCGAACCAUGGAGCUGUUGAGCCAACUGCAGGAGAUGGGGGUGAUCGACCGUUCCGAUGACUUCAGUCUUCUGCGGGAUGAGGUGGAGCAGGAGCUGGUACAUCUGGGUUCUCUGAAGGAAAAGGUUCUCGAAGAGACCAAGAAGCUCGAGGAAGUCUUUGCAACCAUCCGCGACCACAACGCAUAUCUGGUCGGGCAGCUGGAAACGUACAAGUCCUACUUGCACAACGUCCGCAGUCAGUCGGAGGGGAAGCAGCGCAAGCAGCAAAAGCACCAGGAACUGGGCCCGUACAAGUUCACCCACCAGCAACUUGAAAAGGAGGGUGUCAUUCAGAAGAGCAAUGUUCCCGAGAACCGGCGAGCCAACAUCUAUUUCAUGUUCAAGAGCCCCCUGCCGGGUACUUUUGUGAUCAGCCUUCACUAUAAAGGGCGUGCACGUGGUCUUCUUGAACUUGAUCUCAAGCUUGAUGAUCUGUUGGAGAUGCAAAAAGACAAUCUCGAAGACCUGGACCUCGAAUAUGUCCAGUUCAACGUCUCCAAAGUGCUCACACUCUUGAACAAGCGAUUUGCUCGAAAGAAGGGCUGGUAA